AGGCGGAGCAGGCCGUGCGCGAGGAGAGAGGCGGCGCAAGAUCGCGCAGAUCUCCGAGGCCGAGGCCGCGCUCGAGAAGGCCGAGCUUGCGGUGGACGCCGCGAAGGAGCGGAGGGACGAGCAGACCAGGAGGAAGCGAGAAGACGCUUGAUGCACGUGGGGGAUGGCCGCGGCGUAGCCCGCGAGGCCAAGGCGAAGUUGAAGGACUCGGGGACACCUGGGAGGCCGGCCAGCUCGAGAUAGUCCGUGCCCGGCAGGCGCUGGAGCAGCAGCGGCUGGAAGCCUUCAAGAUGAAGGCGGACGCGCGCGCCGCGCUGCAGCGCGAGAAGGCCGCGCUGGCCGACAUCCGGCAGGCGAGGGCCGCUGCCGCCAGCCGGCCGAGAGGACACCAGGGAGACCCUGAGGAAGGCCCUCAAGAACCUGAAGGGGCCCUGGUUCGGCUUCGGCAGGAGGAUCAGAGAAAGAAGAGCGUCGCGCUGCAGGAGCCCUGAGACGCAGGUGCACGGCCCGGGCUUGGUUUCUUUUUGCUCCCGCGCUCCACCAGGGGGGGGGGGGUCCUCUCUCCUUCUCCUCCUCCUCCUCCUCUUCCCCUCUGCUUUUCCUCCCUCCCUCUUCUCUCCUCCCCUCCCCCUG